UGUUGCUCCCUUGCCCGGCACGGGGAACUGGGCCAUGCCGGAGAACGCCGUGGUCAUCCUGCGCUACGGGCCAUACAGCGCGGUGGGCCUGUCGGUGGAGCACCGUACCUUCCGCCUAGAGGGCCUGCAAGCUGUGUUGGUCAAAGAUGGACACCAGGUCAUCCUGGAGAAGAUAGAGGACUGGAACGUGGUGGAACUGGCAGUGAACGGGGAGGCCGUCUUCCACUGCAACAUCAAGGACUUGGAGUUUGGAGGCGAUGGGAAGCUGGACCCCCUGUGUGAAGAGGCCAGGAUAGCUGUGCUGAAUGCCUACUGACCGCCGGAACAAGGAGGCUCAAGUUGCCAGACAGCAGCUGCCCCGGCCUCGUGGGAUGUGGGCAAAAGUGACCCCACCCCAGGCUGGGACACGGAGCAAGGCAAUGCGGCCGUCCUUCAGUCCUUCAGCCUAAACACUGUCGGGGUCUCCUCUGGCUACACCUACCCACAAAGAUAAUAAAACUGCAUUGUUUGCAGCGUCUCUCAAUCUCAACCCAUAGGGAGAACCUCCAAUAUCAGGUACGCAUCGAGCUGAAGGAAAUAAUAAAAUGCAAUCUAAUAACCACGUUGCAGCCUUCCUAAUAAUGCACAGUUGCCUUCUGGCAUUUGAGAUCCAGUUUUAUAGUAAGCGAAGCAAAAGCAAAGCACCAGAAA